AGUACUUUAUAACUUUUAUGCCAAUCGUAGAUAUUGUAUAUUUAAUUUCUUUAUCGUCUCCCGUCUCGUAUAUAGUGAGACAAACACGGAUGUUAAGGAGAAAGAGUGGAUUCUAUCGGAGUUAAGAAGUACAGUUCUAUAGUUUUGGUUUUCAAUCACGAUCAUACGGUGAUGACUAAUGAAGAAGAAAGUUAUGAUAAGUGGAAAAAGAUGUUUAACUGGACAGAAACACAAUGUGAUUAUCCAUUGCAAAACAUUUUGCGUGUGUCCUCCAGGAAACAACUUGCCAGACAUAUAAACAUAAAAAGUGAAAUUCUCAGUCAUAACGGACAAUGUCCCGAUUUUCGUGGUUUGGCGGAAUUGAUUGGAUUUGAUUAUCUUGAUGUUAAGCAGUUUGAGGCAGCUUCCGAUCCAACUUCGGUCUUACUGGACGAGUGGAAUUCUACUUUCCAUACAUCUGCCACGAUGGGCAAGUUGUGUUCUUAUUUAGAAUACUUGGGACGUGUGGACUGUCUUCAAGACUGUCAAAAAUGUUUUCAACUUGACAUGGAAGCAUAUGAAUCCAGAUAUUUGAAGGAGGAACCUUUGCAAGAGAGUACAGUGUCUCAAAGUAAGAUAAAAGCUGAUGAUAUGAGCGUUAAAGAAACUGAUGUCAUAACUACAGAUGAUGUUAUUUCUGGUACUACAACAUAUUAUGAUGCCUUUGUUUGUUAUGCUAAAAAUGACUUAUGGUUUGUCCAGCAAAUGAUUACCAAAUUAGAAUCUCCUCCACAUAGUUUAAAACUGUGUAUUGUUGAUCGUGAUGUUAUACCAGGUUCUUCAAAACAUACUAUCAAUGCCAAAUUAAUUGAAGACAGAUGCAAAAGAAUUGUAGCCAUUCUUUCAACCAAUUUCCUCAAAAGCAAUGAAUGUGAUUUUCAAAUAAAGUUUGCACACAGCUUAUCCCCAGGUUCUCGUCAAAAGAAGCUCAUCCCACUCAUCAUUGAAUACUGUACUAAGUAUCCAAAGAUUUUACAUCAAAUUACUCCAUGUGAUUUCACCAAGGGAGAUAUGCACGAAUGGGCUUGGAAACGACUGGCUUCUGCUAUCAAAGCACCUUUUGACUUUUCUGAUUACAGUUCUAAUGACAGUGAAUUGAAUGAGCUGACUCUCAAGCUACCGUUAUGUCGGUCCCUUUCCAUUCAAAGUAAAAAUGAAUCAACAUCCUGAAGACUCUAUGUGGAAUAUUUCCUGUUUUUUAUUUUUUAAAAGUACUCCUUUUUAAUUCAUUAAAUCUCUGAUUGUCAUCAGUGGUUUACUCUUGUAGAUAUAUAAUAGGUUAGAAAUUUAAGAGUUUCAACUGUAAUAAACCAUCUAAGAAAUAUAGACAUGUAAUUGUAUGAAAUCUAUUUUUGAAGUUUAUUACUGAAAAACACCUACAUCACUUUAUAAAUUUUAUUUUUAUAUAUCACCAUCAUUCAACUGUUGUAGCAGAUGGUCCUAACCAAGGGACCACAGGGGAUUUUUACCAACUGUGAUCUCUUGGUCAUGAGCCAUCUUUUUAAUGAAACAAUUUUUUUUUAAUAACUGAAGACAAAAAACAAAAACUUGACCCUUUAACAUUCAGAUUACUCUGUCAAAUGAAAUACUUAUUUAAUCACAUUGUUUUGAAUUAAUCAGGGGUUAUCUUGUAGCUUUGAGAUUCUGAUGAUGUGAUGUUUAUUUUUAGAAUGACUUUGUAGGGUAGGUGUGAAAGGCUGGAUCUGACUAGUUUGAACAUAAAACAGGUAGAUUAUUUUGGCAGGGUACAAUCAGUUUAAAUGCUAAAGGGUUAACACAACAAAUGUGUAAGUAUCAUAGGAAACAUUGAAUGAAGGUGGGACACAUAUUUACUAGAAUGGUCUAUACUGCCAGUGUUACAUGUUUGUCUGAGUAUCUUAUAGUUGAUAAAAUAAUACAGUAAAAAUACCAGAAACAAUUUACUGUACCUUUUUAAAAAUUUUUAUUCUUUUUAAUGGUUUGGGUCUGAAGGAAGGAGCUGUACCUAUAGCCAUGGCAGACCUUCCAAAACUUUUGAGAUUGUUGUUGUUAAGAUAUGUCUGAAACGGUUGCAAGCUGACAUCUACAGAAAAAACAUGGGAAGGUAGUGAAUUCUAGAGGAUCAAUGUUCAAGGAAGGAACGAUAGGGCAAAAUUUUGAUGUAGGAGUUGGUAGCAUCAUCAUCUUUAUACCACCAACACCAUCACCAACAUCACCACCAAUACCAUCAUUUUAAUGUCCAUUUUUUUCAUGUUUGCAUGGGUUAGAUUAAAGUUGUUUAAGCAGGGGUUUUUUCUACAUCCAGAUAUUUUUCUUGUCACCAUCCCCUCACCGGUUUCCAAGUAAGGUUAUCUUCCCCACAAGUCCUUUGAACAUAAAUAGCUCAAUAGAAGGACAUGUUAUUGCAGAGGAAUGCAAACAAAGGACCCUAUUUGUAUGAUUGUGAUUUUGGGCAUUUACAAUUAGCAUGCAGAUUUUAUCUUAUAUAUGCAUAAUAAUAAAACCUUUUUUUUUUUUAAAUCUCUAACAUGGGUAAUAUAGUCAUUCUCAAAGUUCAACAAAAACAAAAUUAUGGAAGUUCAUACUGCAAAUUAGGUAAUUAGAAGAAAAAAGACUAUUAGAAGGCCAUUAGAAGAAAUAAAAAUUCAGUAGGCUGUUAAUGAGACUAAGUAUGCAGGUGGGAUUUCAAAUUAUUGGAGCCAUCAUACAGAGCCAAUCCUGUUCAGACUUGAUCUUCAGUGAUUAGGGCCUUGAAGAACCAAUUGGAGACUUUACUGAUUGCAGUGGGUGAUAAAUCUGUCCCUGAGGUUCUGUCAUGUUCUUUUGAAAUAUAUAUAUUGGAAAGGACACAACAGAACUUAGGCAUAGCUGUGUGUUAAGAAGUUCGCUUUACAACCACAUGGUUUCAGGUUCAGUCCCACUGCUUUGCACCUUUGAAUAGUUUCUUUUACUGUCGCUCUGAGCCAUCCAAAUUUUUUUAAGGGAGCUUCUUAGACAGAAACCGUGCAAAAGUUUAUUAUGUGUGUGCGUGUCUGUGUAUUGAGUUUGCGUUUAUCUCUGUCCUGAUAGUCUAGUAGUCUGUUAAGAGGCCAAGGGAAUAAAUACAGAUUUAAAAUAGGUACUGACUAAACUCUUCUAGGCAAUGCCCCAGCAUGAUGACUGCAAUUCAGGGACUAAAACAAGAAAAAAAAAAAAAAGAAAUAGAAUAUCGAAAGUCUUUUUAUCUUUUUAUAUUUUCAUUUGCAUUCAUGUUACUUUGACAUGUUUGGGGUAUGCAAUGAUGCCAGUGAAAAUGUGAAGGAGUUGAAAAUGUUUUAAAUGUACAUGUAUAAACUGUUUUGGAAUAUAUAUAUAUAUAUAUAUAUAUAUAAAAGGCUAAAUAAAAUGUAUUUCAGAAAA